AUGGCUGAAAGUGCUGGAAAUUGGUGUCUGAUUGAAUCGGAUCCGGGCGUUUUCACAGAACUCAUUAGAGAAUUUGGAGUGACUGGGGCACAAGUUGAAGAGCUAUGGAGUUUAGAUGCUGAAUUUUUCGAUGAACUGAAACCAGUGCAUGGAUUAAUUUUUCUUUUUAAAUGGUUCAAUGAUACUGAGCCUUCCGGUACAAUCAUUGCUGAUAAUAGACUCGAUAAAAUAUUUUUUGCCAUGCAAGUAAUAAAUAAUGCUUGUGCUACUCAAGCUAUUUUAAGUAUUUUAUUAAACACCAAUCAUCCUGAUAUUUCACUGGGACCAACAUUGACUGAAUUUAAAGAUUUUUGUCAUUCUUUUAAUGCUCACAUUAAAGGACUUGCCUUAUCUAAUUCUGAAACUAUUAGGAGAGUACACAAUUCAUUCGGAAGACAAACCUUAUUCGAAUUUGAUUCUAAAAUGCCAUCAAAAGAUGAUAAUGUUUACCAUUUUGUAAGUUAUAUACCCAUUGAUGGUAGAUUAUAUGAGCUUGAUGGCCUUAAAACUGGUCCCAUUGAUCAUGGGGCAAUCCCUCAAAAAGGAGAUUGGCUUGAUGUUGUGAGGCCCAUCAUUGAAAAACGAAUCAAAAAAUACAGCGAAGGAGAAAUUCAUUUUAAUUUAAUGGCAAUCGUAUCAGAUCGUAAAAUGAUAUAUGAAAGAAAAAUUGAAGAAUUACAAAAGCAGCUAGAAGAAAGUGGAAUGGAAGUGGAUUCACAUCAUUCUGAAAUUGCAAGACUUAAAAUGCUUAUAGAGGAUGAAGAAAAGAAAAGGAAGCAAUACCAAGUUGAAAAUAUAAGAAGGAAGCAUAAUUAUCUUCCAUUAAUAGUUGAAUUGUUGAAAAUUUUAGCCAGAGAACAGAGAUUGGUUAAAAUUUAUGAAAGGGCUAAAGAAGUUUGUUUAGAAAAAGAAGGGAAAAAAGAUAAAUCUAAAGCCUAG